AUGCGAAACACAACCUGUUUUCUCCCCAAUGGACUCACGUUCACCGUGUCACCCGUUUUUGGUGGGGUCACGUUUAAAGCGAACGACGCGAGCGCUCACAACUCCACCUUCCCACCAGGUUGGACGAUUAUCAUCCACACAGAGAAAGCUGCUGGAAAGUCUCCUGAAGAACGAGGCAGGACAGGCUCUGAAAAUGGCCUCCCCGCUGCGAGCAAUGACGACCAAAACUUCUAUCGCUUUACCCACCCCACCUUGAAUCGCGACUGCCUGUACAUCUCCUACAUCGUCAACCCACCCUCCAGCGAAUACAAGCCCGCCACCUCCCCCACCCGGCAGAUUGCCAUGAUGCUCUGGGCCACUAUGUGGUGGUACUUCCACGAGCCCGAACCGGACCUGCACCUGGACACAGCAGCAUCGAGCGCGACACCACUCGCCGGAAAGCCAAAGGGAGAUUGGCGGGUGAAUAUCAAGCGCGAGGGAAUCUUCAAAGGCCGAAACCUGCUCCAGAAGCUUGAACGAAUGGGCCUGAUAUCCAGCGAAGACUCCUCCGUCGGGUUCCAACCCGUCGAGACACGCGACUCAAGCAGCUGGUCCAAUAUGUUCUUGAGCCGUCGCAGCUUCUGGCAGCUCGAUCCGCGCCUUUUCCUAUUCACUCUCGCACCCCGUGCGCCUCUAUCACCUUCCUUGACUCCCCUCCAGUCUCGGCAUGCUUCUCCUGCCCGCGAUGUGCUGCCCAAAAUAGGCAUUUUGCCGCCAACGGAAGCAGUUUUCCAUACUGCGAAUGUCCCCGCAUUUAGCUCUAACGGUCCUUUCACGUCGGCGAGUCACUUGCCUACGUAUUAUCCGCCUGCACCCACGCAGUAUACAUUUACCAAUGGAGUGCGCCAUCCUAUUCGAUCGAAGCCGCCGCACCAAGGCGAGGUGUUUUACGUGCGCUAUAUACCCAGCGUGGGCCAGUGGCUAUCGUUUCGAGUGCCGUUCCUCCCUAUGACCAAGUCCACGUCAGCUCCGGGAUCUAGCUGUGAAAGUCGGCCGCAGACACCUAAGGCUGUGAGUUCCUCGGUCACAGGGAUCGAGCAGCAUCUCUUCCAGAAUGUCUCGUCUGAUUUGGAUACCUUGCAUCGGUGGAUGAACGAUCCUCGAGUUGAAGCGGCGUGGGGUGUUGGCGGAGAGCACUCUGUACAGGAAAAGUUCCUGCUACAGAAUUUGACCAGUCGGCAUAGUUUCCCUGUUAUUGGAUGCUGGGAUGGUAAGCCAUUUGGGUACUUUGAGAUCUACUGGGUGAAGGAGGAUGGACUGGGACGGUUAUUGGACCGUGUGGAUAACUAUGAUCGGGGUAUUCAUCUUCUGGUCGGUGAACAGGAGUUCCGGGGUUCGCAUCGCGUUGCCAUUUGGCUGAGUGCCUUGGUGCACCACUGCUUUGUGUCGGAUAUGAGGACUGAAGCGAUUUACCUCGAGCCGCGGGUGGAUAAUACCAAGCUCAUCGGCUACCUACAAGAUGCAGGCUUCUUUAAAGAAGGCGAAGUAAGCUUCCCCCACAAGCGCUCCGCUGUGAUGAAGAUCAAGCGCGAGUUUUGGGAAGCUCCGGCUCUAUAG